GUAGUAAUAAGUUUCACCUUUCAAGAAAAGAAAAGGGAAAGACCACAAUUAAGCAAAUGUACGUUUCUUCGUUAGGGCAAACAUAAAUAAUAACCUUGAGGUGAAUAUAAUUACAUUGAGUUGAAGGCACCCAAGGGGUAAAAAGUUUGGUUGGAUGUCAAAAUCAGCUCAUUUUGAAAUGCAAACGUUAGUCGAAUUCAAUUUGACUAGAAUUUUAGAUCAAACAAUGUAAAUUUUAUAAAAGUGAAUACAAACUUCAAUAGAGCAGGAGUGUUUGUAUAUAAGUGAAAUCAAAUGAACCUGGAAUGAAUUUUUUUUUGAAGAUAGUGAUUUUCAAAAUCUUUGAGAACGUUGAUAAUAAUUAAAAAAAUGAAAGAAGAUAAUUUUAUUGCAGAAAUUGAUUUAUUCUUGAAUCAUAGGAUUCCCUGUCAUCUUGAAGAAACUGUUGGAUUGAAAAACAGUUUUCCUGAGAUCUUUUGCAAUAGGUUAAUAAGUUAUAUAAAAGCGAUUGGGUAUAUUAGAACGACCAAGCAUUUGAACAACAAUAGGUGUUGUGAGUUUGACGAUGAAAUUGAUACAUUUUUUUGGAGUUCCUCCAGCUAUAUAAGCUGGCCCAAAGAGCUUGAUGAGGCACUACUUGAGGUGAUUGAUAAAAACUAUACAACGAUUGUGUACCAUCCAAAGCUAAUUGAAAGGGUUCUACUAUGGAAGGCAAUAAAUUAUGUGAAAGAUUUGAAUGAUGGUGAAGGAGUCGAAGGUGGUGAGUUAGAGCAUAUCAGUGGAGAUGAUUGUAAAAGGGAGAAUGAGAAUUACAUAUGGCUCGAUGGUUGUGGGUAUAAGAAGUUUAUGAUAAAGUUAAAAAGAAAACUCAGAGAGAUCAGUGAUAUUAAGAUGAAAAUUGAUAUUGGAGUUGAUAUUAAUAUUAAGAUAAAUGACAUCGAGCCCAAGUGCUUCAAGAACCCAAAAACAUAUGUCUAUUCAAUCCCAAGAAUUAGUAAACACAGUGAUACUAAAAUGAUAACAGAGCAAAUUCCUAAGAGCUUUCCAAACUAUGCAGUUGUGAUAGAGCUAAUAAAAUUGAGCAGAUUAAGAGAGGAGGAAUUUAAUGAAAGAUAUAUAAAUGGCAAAAUAAAAGACAAAAUAAGAUUAAGAAGUGUUAUUGAAGAUGUUUUGAAACUCAAUGUGAUUGAAAUGAAUCCUAAGGAGCUAAUUGAAAGUACGUUAACUAUAAUUGAAAGGUGGGAGACGAGUGACUCGUUUAAUUUAUUAAAGGAUUACUUUGAGUUUGACUGAGUGGAGGUGUUGGUGAAAAGAGGUAUUUGCUAGUGGUAAGUGAUAGAAAAAGAGAGUUGACAAUUAAUUGGUUCAAGACACCACCAAGAAAAAACAGGCAAAUUGAAAUAUAAUUCCUUAGAGAGAAAUUUUAUUAACUUAAAUUCCAUAGUGAUAUGAGUUUGUCAUAACCCAAGAGGAAUAAAUCUUA